AUAUAUUCUUAUUAUUGUAUAUAUAAUUUCUGGAUGGAUUGAAUCCUUCCCUUGCUGAAAGGAUGACACCCUCACACUCACAGUGGCAAAACAAACCGUUGGCAAAUGCAGUUCCUACCUGGAGUUUACUCUUCACACUAUCUAGUGACUGAGGCACCCACUUCACUUUGAAGAUCAGAUGAGCUGUAACUAAAGCUUUGCAAACUUCUUAGAAAUGUCACUGCUGCUAUCACCCUCAGUCAUCAGGCAAGGUUGAAAGAACUAAUGGAAUCACCAAUCUCAAAAAUCUCCAAACUCACUGAAACUGCUGGACUCCCUUGGCCUGAGGUGUUGCCUCUGGUCUUGCUGACUUUUGCAGUACCCUCUUUGUGAAAUAGUCACCAGUAGACCAAUGUCUUUUGGUGUACAACCUUUUGUCGAUCCCUUGUUGUACUGUAAGUCUAGUGUCGUUAUGCCCAGAAUUCGUGAUCCCCAAAGACCACCAGGGAGCCCAGUCCGAUGCAAAAGCAAAGAGCCUUUAUUCGAGCUAGCUCGAGCUCAAUCCCCUACCUGCACCGACGCAGCGGUGAGAUGUUGGAGAGAGAGAGUUUUAAAAGCACAAAGGUUUUAUAGGGAUCUAGGGGCAGUUGGUGGGGUAAUGGUCGUGGCCUUAACCGAUUGGCUGAGGAAGGGUCCAAGUCCCAUUACGCAGGUUGCCAGGCAUGGUUUGAAUGGGAAGUUUGAACGGGUGAGUGGGAAGUUACUCAAGGGGAGGAGGCGUGGUCUGAGGUUUAGAACGGGAAUUUCUUUCUGCGGUUUUCUCGGGAAGGGGGCCAUGUCGGAGACAUAGUCACUCAAGAUGGAGGACACAGAACAAAAUGGAGUCGGCUGGCCUAGGUCCGCUCUUUCAGUGUCUCAUGCUAAAACCUCUCAAACCAGGUUCAGAAUCUCUUCCAUAUCCCCAAUUCAAAAUAUCCUCUUGUUCAUGAUUUGGUAUUUUGGAAAAGCCCCCAGAGGAACAUGGUCCCUGAGCCCUGUUGGAAGGGAACAUUACCAAGUGCUCCUGAUAACCAAUACUUCUGAAAAACUAGAAAGCACUGAACUUUGGGGCACACAUCUCCCAGCUGAAAAGGAUCCUCCUGACACUUGGUCCUCCUCUUGCACUGGUGACCUUAAAGCCAAGUUGCCCAGGAAGCUGAUGAUUUCAUGUGGUAGACAGUUUCCUUUCAAGACACCAGAGCAAGAAUUCAUACUUUCACUAGCCUCAAACGUGAAAGCCUUUCUUUUUCUCUUUCUCUCUUUCAUGUUGGCGUUGGCUUGGAAAGAUGGCAUCACCCACAUCUCCCAAGCCACUCUUAAAGGGGAUAACCUUUCAGACUGCUCUAUUUGUCAUCAAAACCCUCCCAUCUGUCCCUGAUGCUGGAGCCCCCCUGGUCCUCCCUGUGACCAAUUUUUCUUCCAUUCCCAAUGAAACCAUAAACUGCAACCGAAGCCACCUGCAGAGUCCAGAACAUUUAGCACCUUUGCUUUAACCUUUCUUCUGCCAUAACUGUAUGGACUGAGACAGGCAGGGAUACUUUGAAAACAUCAGUAUAGUACAUUUUUACAAUGACGUUCUUAUGAUUAUCUAAACCCAAACUGCUCCGGCCUAGAACUGCACUUUUCUCCACAUGCACCCACUCUCCAAAGAGCUUAGAACUAUGUUUUAUUUUAGAACAAGAAAUUACCUUCCCAAGUGCAGUGAAAGCCUAACUGAUCCAUGGCUUACCUGGGCAAAUGAAAAGUCCUAGUGAAUAAAUUCAUUAAUAAUAAUACUUUGAUGGGAGCAGCAUGUGUCCCAGCAGCAUUUAUUUUUGUCUGUGGUGGUUUUGAGGAAAAGCAUAUUUCUUUGGCUUAUGAAUACCUAGAUGGCUGGCACUUAACCGGGCAGUGCCUUUGGGGUUAUCUAAUUGAACCGCUAAACUGCCAACUAUGAAACUGGAACACCUCACUGGUCAAUUUCCCUCAAUCUGUGUUGCUGAAACAAAUAGGAAUUGCCAGAAAGCAUUCACGAUUCAGAAUUUGCUUCUUUUGGUGGAUCUCUAGGAGCUAGAGUGCAGAUGAGGCUAUGAUCAUGAACCUCUACUUAACUCUUGAAGAUAUUCCAGAAUCUACUGCUAAAGCAGAACUGCCCAACAAAAAUCCCUAAACACUCUGGCCAGAGUUGCUCCCCAUACUAGAAUAGCCCUUCAUUACCUUUUAGCUGUGCAGGGAGGUGCUUGUGCUGUAGCCAACACUACUGGUUGCACUUGAACGAAUGCUUCUAGGGAGGGGUGAGUCUCAGCUACAAUAAGAUCACUCACCCAGCCAAUUGGUUUAAGAAAGUGACUCCUUCAGUGAGGUCUUCCUCACUGGGUCAUUUAUUUGACCUUGAUUGGUUUGUGUCUUGAGCACCAUGACUCCAAAGUGCACUCCAGACACUGGGCGGUAUUCUACCUUUGGUAACCAUAGUAGUCCCCCUGAUGCACUCUGUUCACUCAAAGCUUUAAAGGCAUGCUUGCAUCCACUAACCACUAAGGAAAUCAUCUCCCUAAUAUUACAAAGUCACAGGCCACCAGGGUGACUCAGCCAACUAAGCCUCUGACUUCAGCUUGUGUCAUGAUCUCGCGGUUCGUGGGUUUGAGCCCCAUGUCGGGCUCUGUGCUGACAGCUCAUGAGAAGCUUAAGCAAACUGAAAUUUAAUCAGCUUGUUCCGCUUCUGUACAAUGCUUGAAUUACGGGAAACUGAAACCUAACCAGCCUGUUCCGCUUCUGUACAAUUGCUUGGCGCGCCCGCAAACUCCUGCCCAAUCAGUGCAUUACCCGUACCCCCCCCCCCCCCAGCUUAAUGUCAACCAAUCAACUCCCUCGCUGACUGGAAAUCCCCCAAACUGUUUACCUCGGCCUAUAAAAAGCCUGCUCAAACUCCCCUCGGGACCUCGGAGCCUCACUGUUCCUGAAUGCGCGGAGGUCCAGGUUGGAACCUGAAAUAAACGGCCCUUGCCGCUUGGCUUUGACUCUGGACUCUGGUGGUUCGUUCUUUGGGGUCUCUCGAGCUUUGGGCGUUACAUUCAGAGGCUGGAGCCUGCUUUGGAUUCUGUGUCUCCCUCUCUGUCUCUGACUCUCUCUCUCUCUCUGCCCCUCCCUCAUUCACACUCCAUCUCUCUCUCUCUCAAAAAUAAAUAAAACAUUAAAAAAUUUUUUCUAAGUUAGAAAAGUAACAGAGAGAAUAAUCAAUUUAAAGAAUGUGAACCUGACAUUGUGGCCUUUGAUUACCACACAGAGAUUCAACAAAAACUGUGAGAACUCCAGAGUGGUAUAGCUGGGAGUAGUGCAUUAAUGUCUUAAAUUUUGUUCACAUCUCUCAGUUAAGCUGAGAGUCUGACUAAAAUGGGGUGAUUGUUAAAGACAACAGGACCAAAAUGGAGUUGCAUAUGCUAUGCCGCCUCCCCCCUCCCCCCAUUACCAAAAUAAGACUUAACAGUUUUGGUAACUUACUUGCAUUUUGGUCUCCCAGAAAUAGAAUCUGAAACCAGUUGGUUAAAGAACAAAAUUCAAAAUUUAAAGAUCUAAUUGGCUUUAUUCAGUGAUUCACAAAUCGAGCAACAUACAGUCUAGCAGAUAGAAAGAAGCUUCAGAGAGCAGUACAAGGCAAUACAUUUCAUAGACAGAAGGGAACAGAAACAAGAAUGUUACACUAGACAAACAGGUGGAUUGGUUAUUACAAGGCUACUUUUCUUCUGGGGAUGGCAGGGGUUCUUAUCAGAGCGAUUACCUAACUAAUGCGGAUCGGGAAAUUCCUGAUUGGUUUCAGAUUCUGUUUGUGGGACAGCCAAAACUGCAACUAAGUUCAGUUCGGUGACAUGAGGGGGAAGAAGAGAGGGGGCCAGGGAAGGGGUUGACAACUCUGACUCCAUCUUGCAACAGCCACUGUUCUGUGGAGUCCUUAGAAGAGCAGAACUUUCUUGGAAUCACGAUAAGCAUCUUGAGGGUUAGACACCUGAAAAGUCCUCCCAUCUCACAAUACUGAGCAAAAAAAGGUCAGCCAACCACUGAGGAGCCCAUGCCCAGUGAAAAUUUUCUCCCAGUGUGGGUUUAAGCCUUAAAAAUACCAUCUCCCUUUGUCUUCUUCAGAUGGGCACACCCACUGAGUUGAGUUGCCAUUCCUGGUUUGCAAACCUAAAUAAAGAUUUAUCUCGGUUUUCCUUCCUCAUAGGCGGGCUCCUGAAGAUUUUUCUUAGCAUAAGCGACUCCAUUUGGGGCUCGCUGUCCUUAACAAGUCAAUCAAGAAUUUCCUGAUUACUUUAGUUAGGUAAUCUACCUGAUGAAACCCUGGCAUCCCCUUAAGGAAAGUAACGCCCCAAUCACCAAUCUACCUUUUUGCCUCAUCUAAUUUUUUCCUGUUCCCUUCUGCCUGUGAAAUUUCUAGCAUUGUAUAGUUCUUCCAGCUCUUUCCAUUCUAUUUGCUAGACUGGAUGCUUCCCGAUUUGGGAAUUGCUGAAUAAAAGCCAGAAAGAUCUUUAUGCACUCAGGAUUAAAAUUUUGUUCAGGAAAAAAUAAAUGGGGGGCAUGGGAAGGCACAGGUUUGUGUGCCUGUGGCUGGAAAUCAGCAAGUAUCCCUAGAUGUGGUGUGAUGGGGAGAAGAGGUCCUCCUGGAGUCUCGAGCGGCCCCCAUAAUAGCUCUCCCUUUGGCCAGAACCGGUCAGCUAGAUCUUGGCGCUCGCUAUUUUGCCCCCCUAGUUUUGGAUCCUAGUCUUCCCUGGCGGGCGGAGGCCUGGAGGGCAGCCGGGCAGAGACUCUAGAGGGGAUGUGAGCAAAUUGGGCAAGACUGAUAGAGCGCUGGGGCCUGACAGGGCAUUGGAGAGUGUAAUGCCCGAAGUUCUGAAACCUCCCACAAAAGACCACCAGAGCCGUAAGUCAAAGCCAAGCGGCAAGGGUCGUUUAUUGCAAGUUCGAACCUGGACCUCCGCUCACUCGUUGCCGGUGACGCUAAGAGGCCCUGAGUGAGGUUUUUACAGCCUUUUUAUAGACAGGUACAAACAAGUUAUGGGGAAGUUAGGGAUUCUUCGCGGUUACAGAGUGGUUAUUGGGUGAUAUCUUAAUUUAAACACUUAGCAGAAUUUAAUUGGUCCCCGCCUUUAGGUCAAAUCACAACUGGGGUGUGGGUGUCUUAAUGAUUGGUCAAGAAUACGCGGUUACGCCAAGCAGUUGUACAGAAGCGGAACAAGCUGGUUAAGCAAGCGGAUUUAAGCUAAGUUUGUUUUUCACAGACCAGGAUGACUAGGCAAACAGUUUGCCCAGGUCUCUCAUUUUUCCCCUUUCUGAGGAACCAAGGGGAAGGGGAAAAUAUGUUAAGCAAGCAGGUUUACAGAAGCGAGAAAUGCCGGUUAGUUCAUGUACAAUCACUUAUUCUAUUACAUACCAGACUACAUUUAGGAAGUUUCACAACUUAUUCUAUUACAUAGCAGGUUACAUUCAGGAAAGGUUUCACAAUGCUCGUAGCAAACAGCAAGCAAAACAGACUUCUCAGCAAUUGUAUUUCUUAUCAAAGAUCCAUAAUAAGCAGAAAAGAGAACUUAGCUUUAAACUAAGGCAGGGCUGUCAUUUGGAUUUAAAGCUGUUCUUUUCAGAGAGUGGAGGGCAGGCGCCCAGAGGGGAAGACAGGGUUGCUGAGGACAGGUCAGGCGGCUCACAGGCAGCUGAGCACCGCGCCGGCGCCAGGGAGAAGGCGAGACGUUGGCCCUCCCAGCUUCCUAGAGCGGCUGCCGAGUCGCGGGGAGGCGGCGCGCCUGCGCGACCUGGGCCGACGGAGAGCUGGUCUCUGGGCCACGGGUUCUGGGCGGGUGGUGUGGCUGGAGGACUCGGUGUCGGGGACCUGGGGAGUCUCUUACCAGUGAUGUCUGAUGCCCCAGCAAAUGACGUUGCCCACCACUGUGCUGAAAAACUACUCCUGAGGUCCCAGCAGCGACACAGCUAACAUAGACUUGGUUUGCACUCUGCUGGGUAGACCCUGAACAGGAGUGAUGCCUCCAGGCAGGUGGUAUGCUGUCCACCCAGCUCAGGCCCGGGCUUCAAGGGAACAAGUGCGGCUUCAGAUGGUAAAGAAGGAAGAAGAGGAUGAAGGCUACACUUCAGCACAGGCUGCCAGGCCACAGACACUCAACCGUUCUGGCCAGGAGCUGUUCCGCCAGCUCUUCAGACAGCUUCGCUACCAUGAAUCUUCUGGGCCCCUAGAGACUUUGAGCCGGCUCCGGGAGCUCUGCCGCUGGUGGCUGAGGCCUGACAUUCUCUCCAAGGCCCAGAUCCUGGAACUGCUGGUGCUGGAGCAAUUCCUUAGCAUCUUGCCUGGGGAGCUCCGGACCUGGGUACAGCUGCAUCACCCUGAGAGUGGUGGGGAGGCUGUGGCCCUGCUGGAAGAGCUGCAGAGGGAUGUCGAUGGGACACCGUGGAGGCUGAGGGAGGCUGUGACUUUCAAGGACGUGGAAGUGAUCUUCUCCCAGGAUGAGUGGGGAUGGCUGGACCCUGCUCAGAGGAACUUAUAUAGGGAUGUGAUGCUGGAGAAUUAUGGGAACAUGGUUUCUCUGGUGGGGCCAUUCACCAAACCUGUUCUGAUUUCCUGGUUGGAGGCAAGGGAGCCAUGGGGCCUGAAUGUCCAAGGAGCUCAGCCCAAGGGGAAUCCAGGUGUUGCCCCUGCAGGAGGUGAGCUCCAGAUUAAAACAAACAAGUUCGUCUUAAAACAUGAACCUUUGGAAGAAGCAGAAACCUUUGCUGUGCCAUCAGAAUGUUGUGUGAUGAGUGUUUCUGAGGGAAUCAGGCUCAGAGAAUCUCUUGAAAAGAAGGGCAGGCUAAAGCAACAAUGUGGAAGCCCCAUACAAUCAAGAGUUAAGAAGGAAGAGACCAAGUUCAGUCACAGGACAGCAAAAGAAUCUGAAGAGUCAGGAAGAAGUGCUAGUCUUAAUUUAAAACAUGCUACGUAUUUGAGAGUUCCCAGAAGAAAGCGAUCCCUGAAACACGGCUGUGGCAGACACUUCAGAGGGGGUUCAUACCACUGUGAUUACAAGGAAUAUGGGAAAGGGCUCAGGCGCAUCGUUGGCGGGUUUAGCCUCCAUCAGAGAAUUCAUGCUGGACUAAAAGGGAAUGCAAAGGAUGUACAUGGGAAAGAUUUUCGCCUUAGCCCACAUCACCAGCGUGGGCAGAAUCUUCACAUAGUGGAGACCUCGUAUAAGUGCAGUGACUGUGGGAGGGCCUUCAGUCAUAGCUCUCAUCUCGCGUGUCAUCAGAGACUUCACACUCAAGAGAAACCAUUUAAAUGCAGGGUGUGUGGGAAAGCCUUCAGGUGGAGCUCAAACUGUGUGCGACACGAGAAGAUUCACACUGGAGUGAAACCUUAUAAAUGCAGUUUAUGCGACAAGGCUUUCAGACGCCUGUCUGCCUACCGCCUACACCAGGAAACCCAUGCGAAGCAGAAAUCUCUUGAGUCUCAUCAGUAUGAGGAAGCUCUCACCUGUGGCUCAGGAUUUGAUAAUCAUUUGAGAGACCAGAGUAGGGGGAAGCUUUUUGACUGCAGUCAGUGUAGGAAAUCAUUCCACUGUAAAUCGUAUGUUGUUGAACAUCAAAGGGUCCACACUCAGGAGAAACCUUAUAAAUGUACCAAAUGUAGGAAAACUUUCAGGUGGAGAUCAAAUUUCACUCGUCAUAUGAGAAUGCACCAGGAAGAAAAGUUCUAUGAUCAAGACAAAUGUAAGGACUUCAGACUGGCCUCCAGCUGCGGUCAGCUCCAGGGUGCCCCUGCUCGGGAGAAAGCCUUUCCAUGUCAGCAGUGUGGGAAAACGUUCACUCGGAAGAAAUCUCUCAUUGAUCAUCAGAGAAUUCACACAGGUGAGAAGCCCUACAGAUGCAGUGAAUGUGAAAAAGAGUUUACCCAUCGGUCAGCCUUUAUUGCUCAUAAGAAGCAGCAUGCCAUUCAAAGAAGACCCGAGAAUGGGCCGUCUUCAAGUCAGGACACAGUGCUCCAGCUUCCUCCGAACAGUACAGAGGAAGCCUACAAAUGUAGCCAGUGUGGCAAAGCCUUCCGCAAUCACUCGUUCCUCCUCAUCCAUCAGAGAAUUCACACCAGAGAAAAGCCUUACAAGUGCAGGGAAUGUGGGAAAGCUUUCAGAUGGAGUUCUAACCUCUCCCGACAUCAGAGGAUUCACUCUUUGGAAAAACGGUACGAGUGCCACGAAAGUGAGAACACUCCAAAUCUGCAGCCGCAGAUCCUCACUGGUGAGAAACCCUUUUGGUGCCAAGAAUGUGGGAAAACUUUCACACGCAAAAGAAGUCUUGUAGAUCAUAAGGGAAUACAUAGUGGAGAGAAGCGCUAUAAGUGUAAUCUGUGUGGGAAAUCGUACGAUAGAAAACAUCGCCUUGUUAAUCAUCAGAGAAUCCACACUAAAGAGAGACCUUUUAAAUGUCAGUGGUGUGGGAAAGAUUUCAUUGGAAGACAUACUCUCCGCAUUCAUCAAAGAAAACACACCAGAGUGGCACAGUCUGAAUGCAGCCUGGCUGCAUUAUCUUCCUGCCAGGACACAGGGGUGAGUUUACAGGAAUUAAAACCAAGUGGGGAGAAGCCACUUGAAGAUUCUGAGGAAGCUUGUGACCAGAGCUCCAGGCUCACCGGAGUCCAGAACAUACCCAUUGGGAAAAAGUGCCACAAAUGUAGCACCUGUGGGAAAACUUUUAACAAAAGCUCACAGCUCAUUAGCCACAAGAGAUUUCAUACCCGAGAGAGGCCCUUCAAAUGCAGAGAGUGUGGGAAUACCUUCAGGUGGUCUUCAAAUUUGGCUCGGCAUAUGAAAAACCAUAUUAGAGAUUAGCUUGGGUUUUGACAGUGGGGGGAGAGGGGUUCCUAGCUGCCCUGCCAGAGAACCCUUAAUUGUGGGCAGUGUGGAAAAAGCCUUCACAAAGGGUCCAGCCCUUUCUGUUUUUGAAGCUGGUGGCAGAGAAUCCUGAGGUCAAAAACUCAGGGCAUUUCCUUUCCUACCUGCUGGGGAAGAGCAGCAACCUGUUUUUGGGGGCCCUUCUGGAGGCUUGGGCCCCAGGAGUGGCCUUUGCACAGUGGCCUGGAGCUCCCCCAGACUUAGGUAUAAGUCUAAAGGCAGAUACCAUUGCCCUGUGUUGUUUGAUGAAAUGUCUGUGGUGUGAUGGGCUGUGGCUGCUGGGAAGGGGCCAAUUGGAUACUGUGGUGGUGUGUAUUCUAUUUGAUCUCACAAGUUGCAGCAGCAGCAACAGCAAGAACUCCUAGUCUCCCCAGUUGCCUCCUGGGAGUUCUGGCUGCAGCUUUGGCCUUCACGCCUGGCUUUGGAGAUCUGCCACGGGCAUACAGUUGUCUCAGUGGCACGUGGAAGACAGCAGGGCUGGACUUAAUCACCUGGAGAAUGGGGCUCUCCCAGUGCCCCAUUGCUGUCUCCACCCACAGUCUGCAGGGUCAGCAACGGGCCAUGUGUCCCAACAGAAAUGUGCUGAGCACCUUCCAUAUGCCAGGCACUGUUGUGUGUGCUAGAGACCCAGCAGUGACUGGAAUAGACAAAAAAUCUGCUGUCUUGGAUCUUUACAGACAGUGAACGAAUGAGAUACAUAGUGCUUUGGAUGGCGAUAUGUGUUGUGGACAGAAUGAAUCAGAGAAGAGUGAGAGGCAGUGCUGGAUUAGGAAGUGGGUUGCGAUUUUAAGUAGGCUAGUUAGAGAGGGCUUCAACUGAAGAGGUGAAACUUGGUCCAGGCACAGGAGGUGGGGUCUUGUCUGGUAUCUUGGAGAAUAGUAGGGAGGCCCUUGGGCUAGAGUCGAGGGAACCAGCAGAAGAAGGGGCCCCAGAGAGCUGGUGGGCCAAGUGGCGUGAGCACCAUCGAGUCCCCCCAGGGGCCGGAGCUGCUUCACAGGGAGGUAUGGAGGUGGGGAGCUUUGGGACAGUUUUGAGUUUAGGAGUAAUGUACUCUGUGAAUUAACAUUUACAAGGGUUAACCGCAGACCCGGGGACUCAUGCAGUUAGUUAUCCCUGCUGCCAGUUUCCAUGAAUGCGACUAUCUCCUUUCCCCUCAAAAUGUCUGAAUUUUCUACAAGACUUACAGCUCUCAGCAACAAUUGUAAAUGUUUAAUUAUUGCGCUUGCAUCUGUACGGGACACUACGGGACCCUCUAACCUUCAUGUAGCCUUCUUCUCAUGUCAGAUCCGGUGCUGGCAUCGGGUUCAACCCAAAGGUACCAGUUCACAUGACUGAUGCCCUCUGGAGGAAAGGUGGCCUGGUGGGGGGAGGCACCCCCAUCUCAUUUGCCAACUUGAAUUGAAGCACAUAGCAAGAAUCAGCUGGUGGUGUAAGGGUAAAGGACUGAUUUUUCUAAAAUGUAUGUAGGUAGCCAUUACUUCUGAUUAUUGAAGAGCUCACAUUAUGAAUAUAAGAAUAAAAUAUCUCACUUGAUAGUAGAGCACCAUCCCAGACUAUGUUUUACUGCUGUGAGUUAGGGUACACCUGGUGGACAGGCCAUCUCUUAUAGUAAGAAGAAACGAACCUAAAAAAUGUACUUUCAGUACAGUACAAGUACUCUUAUCCUUUCUGGAUUGUCGUAGGUGGGUGAAAAUGAAGGCUUUGAUGCUUUGUGGUGAUGUCACAUGGAAUAGGCAGGGGUGGGGAAGAGGGAAAUAACUGCGGCAGAUCCAUGUUUGUGUUCUGGUCCCCAUUCAGCUUUGUAUUCAGGAAGGUUCGGUCAUCCUGGCUCUCCCAUCCUUUUCCUACAGCAGCAGCUGCCUCUGGCCUGGAAUUGGGUGUCCCAUCACUGGUAAAGUAGCAAAAACUGGCUCUAGAAGUGGCUGGGCAGGGACCAGAGACCCAUGUACUGAGGGUCCAGGGUCAUGGGAAGGGCCUUGGAGUUAUCAGAUCUGAGUUCAGGCUCAGUGUGACUUUUCUUGGCAAAAUGAUCCUGGACAAGUCACUGAACAUCUUCAUCUAUUUUCGGGUGUGUAAAAUUAGAGUAAUCAAGCUCCCUGAUCCUAGGAGUGGCAAAAGAGGACUUGGUAUACGGGGCUCUGGGUUAGGUAGCUGAUAUCUGGAACCAGAGCCCUCUGAGAACUGCAGCUCCAUAUCAGUUUCAGCUUUAAAUCAGUUGGUGCUACAACCAAGGAAAUACCCUUUUCUGUUCGUAUUUUCACCACCCUCCCCCAAUUCCUUGUGCCACUGUCACCUCAUAGAGUUCAUGCCCCAGUAGGGGUUUUCUACUGCCAUUUUUAUAAAGUGAGACAUACUUACUUUUAAACAUUCACACCACAAUUUGAAAUGUUCAAAGAAGUAAAAAUCAACAGAAAUCCCUGUAUGCUGAGGUAAGACUUUAAUAUCUUGGGGUUGUGCUGAUGGAGUCUGUUUAAUAACCUGAGUUUUUAAAUAAUAUUAAUUAUAUGAGUAAUACAUGAUUAUUCUAGAAUUAUUAGUAAAUACAGAUGAAGUAAAAGGAAAAGGAGAAAAGUCUUACUACUUAGAGCUAACUGCUAAACAUUUUGGUGUAAUCAGUGUUGGAUUUAACUUCAUUGCCUGCCCCUGAACACCCUUGGACUGGCCUGCUUUGUGCUGACUCCCUUCUCCACGAGUGUAGACCCUACCCAUGCUCUCCCAGGUCCUCACCCUUCAAGGCCUGGCUCUCCCUACCCCUCAUCCACCUAAGGCCUCUCCCCUGGCCCCACCUCUCCUUGUGCCUGUAUCUUACUCUGCAAGUAUUGUCCAAGUUUCCAGGAGUUACGCCUGCCACUGCAGCCAGACAGGGUGCUCUGGAGGCCAGAGCUGGGUGCUUAUUUGUUUGCCAUGCCGAGGAGAUUUUGCACAAAAUUACCUCUAUUAAGGAAUAUGGAACUGAGUUUUGUUCAGCUAAGUCAGAAUUGGAGUGUUUUGAAGGGACCGUGAGCACAGUGUUGAUUGGAGGUCCCCCACCGGCACACUAGUUAGCAGCUCAGCGGUGCAGUUCCAGUUGACAUUGUCUGACUGCCCCAGCCACCAGUUCUCAAGUCGUACCCCAUCUCGCCCUAGAGAACAUGCAGUCUUCUUUGAACCCUGCCUUGCUUUCUCUUACUGCCUAGGAAGAAGUGGAGUUGGGGCUGGGGAGAGCCAGAGGGCUGGGAGCCCCCAGAAGAGAGUAGGUAUUGGAAAGUCUGAAUCAGUUGUUCAAUGUGGUUAAUCCCAGCCUCACUGACUAUCAGCCCACACAGAGGCAUGUACAGAGAAGAAAGCACAGGAAGUGUCAGUUAAUAUGUACCAUCUCACACGCCUCAAGAUGACAGGUUUCUGUAAGCCCUUGCAUGGGCAUGUGUGUGGGACAGCAGGACCUGACUGUGGUGGGAGUGGAACUUGUAAUAGCUCCUGUACCAGGCAGCUUGCAAAACGUUGUAAAGUUGUGUGUGUCACCAGCAGCUUCACUCCUGGACAAAUCCUAGAAGAACUUCACAUGGGGAGGGACAUCUGUGUAAAACUGUUUAUUGCAGUACUGUUUAGGUAGCAAGAGUGGGAAAAACCGAAAUUUCCUUCAACAGAAAAGCAAAAUAAAAUAAAAUAAAAGGGGUGGUUCUUGCUACUUUGGGAAGUGAAUGUGAAAGAGCUAGUUACAUCUUUCAACAUAGAUAAAUCAAAAAUGCUGAGAAAGUUGCAGAAGCUAUGUACAGUAUACCCCAUUUAUGUCAAAUUAAAUGUGUAUCUGUGGGCACAUUAUUUAAACUUGUGUUUCACUUUUUUAAUGAAAUGGGAUAGUCGUUGCCAACCUCACAAGGUAAUUUGGGGAGGGGGGAUGAUUAAUGAAAUAAUGCAUGUAAAGUGUUUUGGUUAGUGGCUGGCAUGUAAGCAUUGUUGGCAUAUGGUAAACAAUGUUGUUAUUGUUUUGCACAAUAAUAUAUUCCUGUGGAUUCAAAUUAUAUGAUGAGUAUAAAAUCAUGUAUUAAAAUGUUGUGUGAAAAUCGUGUUCUGCCUUUCCAGGGUGGGAUUUGCAGAUAGAAUCAGGGAGGGUACAUGGAAGUUUCAGUUGUGUUUUUAUUUCAUUUAAAAUAUCGAUGUAGAUGGGUCAACAUGUUGAUUAACAGGAUAGCGUGGAUUUUUUUUUUUUUAACUGUUUGCUUAAAAUACUUAAAAAUAAAAGUGUUUUUAAGCAUGGGCUCUGUUAUCUCAUGACUUUAUAGAAAUCCUGGCCCUACCGUUUAUGAAAUGUUACUUAGAGUGAGGCAUUUAAUCUCUCAAGGGCUCCAGUUUCCUCACCCACAAAAAUCUGUAGCAACACAAAUGGCUACUAGUAAAGGAAUGGUUGAACAGUUCUGGUCCCAUCUGUGAUGGAAUACUACACAUCAGUUAAAAAGAAUGGGGAUGUUCUCCAUGUAUUGACACAUCUCCAAGACAGGCAGUUUAUAGGAAAUUAUAAGGUCUAUUUUCUUUAACCUUUUUGGCCUAAGUCUAGCAAGUGAGGUCAAAAGCUUUAGACUCAAGAGCUUAAGAAAUGAAAAAAAGAAAAGUUUAAGAAAUGGGAUCCUGUGGAUGGAGAUGCUUAGCCAUUCCACUUUAUUAGGUAAAUGAAGAAAGGGGAGUAAAUGUUUAUGCCCAACUGCCACGCAUAUUACGUUAAUCCUAAUAACCCUGUUAAGAAUAGCAAAGAGACUUGUAUCACCCAGGUUAUAGUCAGGAGUCAAAAACCAUACCAAUUAUUUUAAGAAAAAGAACUUAGAAUUGUGUUCAGUAGGUAUAGCUAAGUAAAAAGCCAAAAAAAAAAAAAAAAAAAAAAAAAAAAGCUAAUGUUCAUGGAGGUAGUGACUUGAAACCUGGUACCACCCCAGGACGGGGGUGGGCGUGCUGUAAUGGAGUCUGACCCCAUUUUUGAUGUUUGACAACUGACAGCUUUCAAGCCCUCCCCAUUUUGCCUCACAUCUGGGCCAACUGGUAAGGAAACCAGGCAGUGUCUUAACACUUGAGGUGAACUUUAUGCAAACCAUUGCCCUGGAAACCCACACCCCUAACCACAAUAAAAAUCAGUCACUUGCCCUUCCUUGCAAUCAAGGCCAACUGACUGGCUGGGGUGCCUGUCUUGCUCUUCCCAGAGAGCCGCAUUAUGUGAAGAAUAAACUUUUUCAUAACA